AAAGCCACUGGACACACAGACAUGACAUUUAUUCGAAAUCAACGUGCAGAGCCGGCCGCGCGACCCCGGGGCACAGCCAGCCGAAGCGCGCCCGGCUCGCCACCAUUUUCUCCAGCUGGGAGUGUCCACUCACCGUCCACCAGCAUGGCCACGUCCUCCCAGUACCGCCAGCUGCUGAGUGACUACGGGCCGCCGUCCCUAGGCUACACUCAGGGAACCGGGAGCAGCCAGGUGCCCCAGAGCAAGUACGCAGAGCUGCUGGCCAUCAUCGAAGAGCUGGGGAAAGAGAUCAGACCCACGUACGCGGGCAGCAAGAGCGCCAUGGAGCGGCUGAAGCGAGGCAUCAUUCAUGCCCGAGGACUGGUCCGGGAGUGCCUGGCCGAGACGGAGCGGAAUGCCCGAUCCUAGCCGCCGAGUUAGCUGGGACGCUUUUCCGUCUUCCUACGAGCUGGGCAGUCACAGGUGAAACGCGUGUUUUCAGUGGUAACGUUUGGUGUCCUCCCACGGUCCACGGUUCACCAGGCUCUGACCUCCAGUCCCGAGGACUGAGAAGAUCUGCAGUUAAUUAGGAUUUACAUUUUAUGGAGCCCCCCCCCCCCCCCGCACUGAUUUAAAGAUGCACGCAGAGUUCCUUUCAGCAAGCUGUGGUUUGCCUCCAAGACUCGGUGCCCCCUUCUCUUCUCUGGAACAUUUCUGUCCCCAGGCCCUCCCUGGUCCCUUUCAUACGCUGACGCAACUCUGAGGGUGCACACUGACUGCACGCUUCCCCUGUGCCUGUAGAUCCUGCUUAGUGUAACUUUUUCGCGUCUGCAUUUGCAUGACUGUUAGUGCUUUGAAGUCGAUUCUAAAAAACACACAAGUUAUAAAUACAGAAGAAAGAGCAACCUGCCAGAGCCCGAGGAGCCCGACCCGAGAUUUCAGUUCAGCCUUCACUGUGCGUGGACAGAACACCUGGAAGAACACGACUAAAACUGUUUGCAUCUUUGUAUGUAUUUAUUACUUGAUGUAAUAAAGCUUAUUUUGAUU